UUUAGCUGUGACAUUGUUGUACCUAGCUAGGUAAUUAUGGAGGAGAAUCUGUCUUCCAAAACUAAAGCAUUAGUGAAAUGGCUGGAAACUGAAGCUGGUAUGCUUGCACGCAUUGAAGUCCUGGUGGUGAUCAGUGGUGCACUCAUGACAUUCUUGGCUCUCUUUGGUUCAUAUCGUCGCCGGAGCCGGAGUCCAACCAUUAAGCUUACCUUGUGGCUGGCCUUAACCCUCACCGACAGCAUCUCAGCUUACACCAUUGGUCUCAUGCAAACAGCCAAGUUCCGCAACGAGCUGUUCGUCUUGUGGGCAGCAUUCUUGAUCAUGGUCAAGUGUAGCACCCACUCCAUCUCUGCAUUCAGCAUCCAAGACAAUGACAACUGGUUGAGCAAUUUGCUUCAGAUAACCUCUCUAGCACUCUAUGCGAGUUUAAUUUACAAUUCAUAUUUCAUGCACACUAGAUUCUGGGUCCCUGUAGAGAUUUUCUGGGUGGUGUGCAUGGUCAAGUUCUUCGAAAGGAUUUUUGUCUUUCGUCUGAUCAUGAAACCAAAUGGGCCGAUGGUGAACACCAAAUUGAUAUCAGAUUACAUGCAUUACGAACACAUGCUGAGCAAUGAGGAUGAAGUUGUUCCUGCUCUCAUGGAGGGUUACAAGUAUCUGAUCAUCGGAGAAAAGGAGGAUGACAUCAUGGUAGGCCCGCCGGACUAUCUUAUGAAGCUAAGGCUCGAAGAUCCCAGUGUUGUCUACCAGGUCAUUACGGUGGAGAAGAUAUGGAGAUGCCCAGGUCGUGUGCUCAACAACUCUGAAUCAGCAAAAGAUGUUUGUCUCUCAUUUGCAAUGUUCAAGCUACUCCGACGGCGUUUCACCGGCUACCCCUGGGUGGAGGCCAAUCGCGCAAAGACCAGGAAGCUCAUCCUGGAAGGACUCUUAGGAGAUCACCUGAGAAUGUUCAGAGUAAUUGAAACAGAGCUUGCAUUCCUUUAUGAUAGUUUCUAUACAAAGUACCCCGUUGUUUCUGACAAGCCAUGGACGUUGGUGUCCUCAGUUGCCUCAUUGGUGGGCAGUUGCUGGGUAGUUGUGCUUCUGUAUGACUACAAGCCACCCAGUGAAGAGGAACAUUUGACGAGAGGAAGUGUUGAUUCACUAGUUACUAUUUUCUUAUUGGUUGUCAUCAUUUUUGUUGAGGGUUGGCAGAUCAUUACCUUUGUCUUCUCAGACUGGGCCAAGGUGCUGUUGCUCUGUAAAUAUGUGCAGAAGAUCUCGUGGCAGGAGAGGGACUUGUUUCAAACCCUGUUAAGCUUUGUGUGCCGGAAAAGAGUUCUGAAGCCUUGGGAUGAUAAGCUCGGUCAGUACUCUUUGCUUGAUUCUUAUGACUAUAAACCUUCACUUGUUAAGAAGCUACUGAUGGGCGUCCAGAGAGGCCAAAAGGCUGGUGCUCCCAUCCAAUUACCUGAUGAAGUGAAACAAGCCAUUACACAGUCGCUGAUAGACACUGGGGGAGAGUUACGGUGCAUUGGAAAGCACUCAUUGACACUCUGUGAAGGUGGCGAUGAGCUCUCCUGGGCAUGCGAGUUGGAGACUUACACUCAAAUCAUCCUGGUGUGGCAUGUGGCUACCUCUAUUUGCUUAAUAAAAGCAGCUCCAAAUCCUGCAACUGACGAGGAAUUCAAUCGUAAGGUGACAGAAAGUUUAUCCAAGUACUGCGCUUACUUAGUGGUUUUUUGUCAGGAGCUUUUGCCUGAGCAGAACUCGGUCACAGAAGUAAUUUUUGCCAGGAUUAUACAUGAAACGUUGGAUCUUCUGAGGUGGCACACUUGCAUUAGCUUCAAGCUGAAUAGGUUGAUGGAGGUGGGGGAUGAACCAGAGACGAUUGUGGGGAAGGGUGGGAAACUUGGGAGGCAACUCAUUGAAUUGGUUGGAGAUGAGAGCUUGAGGUUUAGUGUGUUAAGAGAGAUAUGGUUGGAGAUAAUUUUGUAUAUUGCUCCGUCAGAAAAUACUACAGCUCAUGCGCAGCAUUUGGCCAAUGGUGGAGAGUUCAUUACACAUCUGUGGACGCUGCUCUGUCACCUAGGCAUCUUUGAAAGACCGAAGACGGGUGGUGAGUUCAUAGCUGAUGACAGCGAGUGAAUUUUAUCCAGUUGCUAAUUAUUGUUGUAAUCUUUCCUCAUGUCUGCAUUGUAAUUUGUUUUUAAAUUUAAGCUAAUCCAAAGUGGUGCAAAGAAGGAGCCUGUUUUCGUUCCUUCAUCUGUUACUUUGUCUAUA